AUACCAAAUAUAAGGAUUAUUACUAUGAUUUUAAAAUGUCUUGUCUUGUCCCCAGUUGCUGACAGAACACGAUGAGUGAGGUGGUGAAGUACAAUGACGAGGAGCACAAAAACGCUUUUCUGAAGACCUUGAACGAACAGCGUCUGGAGGGGGAGUUCUGCGACAUAGCUAUUGUGGUGGAAGAUGUUAGGUUCCGAGCUCACAGGUGCAUCUUGGCUGCUUGCAGCACCUACUUCAAAAAGCUGUUUAAAAAAUUAGAAGUGGACAGCUCUUCAGUGAUCGAGAUCGACUUUUUGCGCUCGGAUAUAUUUGAAGAAGUGCUGAAUUACAUGUACACUUCCCAAAUCUCUGUGAAGAGAGAAGAUGUGAACCUGAUGAUGUCUUCGGGGCAGAUCCUUGGAAUACAGUUCUUGGAUAAACUGUGCACUCAGAAACGUGACUUAUCCCCUCAGCAGAACGCAGCCCGUCGCAAAGUCCGAUACCCCUACAGUAUUACUGCUAAAAUUCAUCGGCCGACGAAUAGUGCUGAUGAGGAAAUAGAUGAGAUUACUGAUCAACUGGACGAACAGCCAGACGACGCUGUGGAGGAGGCUGUGCCUAACCCGGAUGAUGGGAAGUCGCAAGCAAAUGGCUUGCGGGUUCAGGAGGCAAUUUUGAAGGAACUUGGGAGCGAAGAAGUUCGUAAAGUCAAUUGCUUUGGUACAGAGGUGGAAGCCAUGGAGACCACUGAACCAAAGGACGUGACUCCCCAGCCCCCUCCCUCCCUGGCUUUCACCGACAGCAUGAGUGGAGUCAAGGAAGAACAGCCGCCAGGCUGGACUGCCAGCACCGAUGUUAAGUUUGAGUAUUUGCUGUACGGCGACAGGGAACAAUUCAGCUGCCAGAACUGUGGCAAGACGUUCACUGAUGAAAUGCGCCUGAGGAAACACGAGAAGCUGCACUCGGCCGAUCGACCCUUCGUGUGUGACAUCUGCUCCAAGGCCUUCACCACUCAAGCUCACCUAAAGGAACACCUCAAAAUCCACACGGGGUUCAAACCUUACGGAUGUGAAGUCUGCGGAAAAUCUUUCAUCCGAGCCCCCGACCUGAAAAAGCACGAGAGGGUCCACAGCAAUGAAAGACCUUUUGCGUGCCACAUGUGCGACAAAGCGUUCAAGCACAAGUCGCACCUGAAGGAUCACGAGCGGAGACACAGAGGGGAGAAGCCCUUUGUUUGUAGCUCCUGUACUAAAGCCUUUGCCAAAGCCUCGGAUCUAAAGAGGCACGAAAAUAACAUGCACAGUGAUCGCAAACAAGUGCCGACAAAUGUCAUCACUAGUGAGACCGAGCAGUUGCAGGCAGCAGCAAUGGCAGCAGAAACAGAGCAAAAUUUGGAGAGCAUAGCGUGUAGCUGAGACUAGAUGUGAUGCUAAAUCUCCUUGUCUUCUUUUUAUGUUUUAGUGAAUGUGGGCCCUUGCAUAUUUUUCUUCCCGUUUCAAGGUCUGUGCUCCUUUUCACCAUUUGUACAUAAAACAUUUUUUUUUCAUCCCUAUCCAUAAAUUUUGUUGCGCUGUCUGAGGGUUUAUAAUGAAUUAAUAUAAUUAAUGCUGUGCACUUGGGAUAACAACAUAAAUUAUGUCAUUCCGAAUUUUAAUUGGUCAUAAAUGUCAAUCUCUAUUAUGGUGCAAUACUGUAUGUGUAACAUACUCUGUGUCUUAGUUUUCCUGAAAUGUUUUUGUAAAUAUUCUUGUCUGUUAGUGCAGGCCUAUGUUGAAUGGUGACCUGCUUACAACAACAACAACAACAAGAUUCCAUUUAUAA